AUGUCGAUUAAAUUAAAUUUAAAAGACGGUGUUUUAUCCACCGAAAAUGGUGAAAUUGUUACAAUUAUGGAAGAACAAAGCGCAAUUGUUCAAGAAUUAGCACUCGAGAAUGUGAAUUUUACUGAAAGUGACCAAAAUAAUGUGUCCAUCGAUGAAGCCAAUGACGAAGAGGAUAGAAAAAAGCUGGUCGAAUGGCUGAACGAUCAUGGAUUAGCAAAAGUUUUGGUGUACCUUCAAAGCAAUCUAGAUGCGCAGGUAACUUUUGACAGCCUUCAGUAUCUAGAAAAGGAUGACAUAAAGGAGGCUAUUCCACCGAUUGGCCUCCGGGCAAAAUUUCGUAGCAAGCUCUUUGAAUGGAGAAAGAAAGAGUUUGGUAUUGAAUGUGAAGAAGAAGAUUCGUUAAGGUCGGACAUUCUAAAAUGGGUGAAACAAAGCAGCUUUAAUAGUUCAUCUCCAGCGCCAUCCCCUCUUCAAGAUAUACCCAAUGUCCAUGGCUGUCUUAAUAAAGAUUUAUCAAGUCUUUUGGAUGAAACUGCUAAGGGAAGAGCCCUACUAGAAGUGUACGCCACUAAGCAGUGCUUUAAAAACGCAAACCGUGACGUACUCAUCAACAUAAUUGUGGAGCAUAUAAUUUUUCAGAACGUCCACUUGAGGCCUAACGAUUUCGCUGCCGUUAUCUCGGAGAUUUGCGCACUAUUCCCAAAAGAAAGCCGCGCUCGGGAAUAUUACUUUAUACCACGCGAUGGAAAGAAGAACCCUUCUGGCAAGCUUUACAUAAAAUAUGCAAACAGCAGAGCAAAGAAGAAAAAAAUGGAUGCUCACUCUUCAAUUCGCCCAGAACCAGCUACUACGGAAAUUUCAGAGGAAAGUUCUGAAAUUGAUUAUUCAGUUGCUUCAGCCCUUAAAGCAGCAUUAUGUCGAGAUACCUCAAAUUGGACUGAAGUAAUAGAAAAAUGGCAAAAAACAUUCGGAAUGCGACAGAAGGAACUGAAGACGCUAAGCAACAUUGAAUUCUUAAAGGCUUGGCCUAUAUAUAGUGACGCAAGAUGCCCAGACCUGAUAAAGCGGGACUUUAAUAUGUUAUACCCAAAUAAAGAACACAUGUUGUAUUCGAAAUGGGAGACUUUUAAGGAGAAAGUUAUAAAGUUUUACGAGACAGAAUUGCGCAACGACUACUGCAAGGAGCUUUUACAGAUGGCUAAUACAACAGAAAACACAGAUGCCCAAGACUUUAUACUUGCAUCGCUACUCAAUGGCGCUUUACCGUGCUCAGCGAGUUUCCCAAACAAUUCCGGAAAAUGCAGCAAGAAGGCUACAAUUGCAGAUGCGCAAGAAAGUUUCGCGUUUUGUAAGGAUCCCUUCCAAGAAAUCAAAUCUGAACAUAGACUUCUUAAAAUACUUAAAGCUCUUAAUUUGUACGAGGAUCCAAAAUCAACAGUUAUAAAAACAUCAAUUGCCCAAACCACUGCUCAUGGCAAUUUUUGA